AUGGACGAUAAUGACCACAUCGAUUCAAAUAUCGAUGAUUCGUCCGAUAGUCUUCAAACACAAUCGUUGUUACAUGAUCUGAACAAUUGCGUUCUGCUCUACAUCGAUUCCGAACUUUGUAUAAAGUAUAUUCGAGCAGUCGUCGAAGAAAAAGUAGUUUUGAUUGUUUCUGGCACGUUAUUACAAUCUAUUCUUCCUCAAAUACAUUCAUUAUCUCUAAUCACUGCAAUAUUCAUUUUUUCCAUUGAUCGUAAAUAUCAUGUUCCACUAUCAGAUAAAUAUUCAAAAAUCAUCGAUAUAUUCACGGACCAACAAUCAUUAGUGCAGUCCAUAAGAAAAACUGUUCAUUUAGUAUUGAAACAAGCACUUGCUUUCAGUUUAUUUGAUCAUCAAAAACAAAAAUCAACACGUGAUAUGUCAAAAGAUUCGGGAUCGUUCACGUGGUUUCAACUAUUGGUCGAUAUUCUACGAAAAUUACCUCAAACACAUCAAGCCAAACGAGAUAUGCUCGAUAAAUGUAGAGAAUAUUAUGCGUGGAAUGAAACAGAAAUGAAAAAAAUUGAAGAAUUUGAAACAACAUAUUACAAAGAUAAAGCUAUUGAAUGGUAUACACGCGAUGCAUUUGUUUAUCGAUUAGUGAAUAAAGCGUUGAGAACAGAAGAUGUUGAGUUACUUUAUCUAUUUUGA